UGUACUCAAGAUGGCGACCUCCAUGGUUCGAGGUCGUGCAUGGAAGCUUCGCAUGCCAUGCCGUUUAAUUAAAACACACGUUAAAUAUGCGAGUGGGCAAUAUUAUGUAACGUUGCCGGAGGUGCCACCAGACACACCAGAAACCAACCCACUGCUGAGACUCACAGACCUGCCAAAGUUCUCUGCUAUCAAUCCAAAUCGCUGUAUUACAGGGUGCUCCAAGUUGUCCAUAGACCAUGACACAAAUUUGUCACUUCACAUUGAAAACUUGCAAGAUCCUAAGGUUGAGAAGACCUUUGAUGGAGUGUUCAACCAAGUGGAGCAAUUAGAAGCUCCACUGAACUAUGCCUACAGAACAUUCCGAAUUCUGUGCAGGGUUCAGAAGGACAAAGGUUACAAUGAUGCCUACAAAAGGGUGACGCGACAGGUUAAUUACUGUAACCACGACCGACACCAAAAUGCAGACCUGUACUAUGCCGUGAAGGAAGUUGGCCAAGAUGUGAACCUGACAGAGACGCAGCGCCGCCUGGUGGAUCUUUACCUGCAUGAGUCACAUGCCCGUGGGGUGGGCAUCCAGGGGAAAGACAAGUGGAAGUAUAUCACAGCCCUACAGGGCAUCAACAGAGAGAGGCUGGUCUUCAGUAAAAAGGUGGAACUGACUGCAGGGCUAUUCAGUCAUCGCAUUGACAACUUUGGAAUAGUGGAGAGCAUGCCACGGUCUUUGCUCACAACAAUGGCGGAAGACAAGACUCGACCGUCUAGUGGGCCGUGGAAGGUGACUCUCAACCCUGAAGUGUACUACCCAUUUCUUGAACACUGUGAUAACCGACAGCAGCGGUGGAAUGCAUGGCAAGCCUUCAAUAAUCGAGCCUCCAAUGCACAUGGAGCACAACAUCUUUCCAAUCAGAAGGUGCUGGAGGAAAUCCGAAUGUACAGCGGAGACUAUGCCAAGCUGCGCGGCUUCAAGACUUACGCAGAGAUGACACUGGCAAAUACUAUGGCCGGGUCGGUGGAGAACGUGGUUAACAUGAUUGAAACAUUCAAGGGCAGCUUUAAGGGCAAGGCGGCUGAGGAGAUGCAAGAACUGCAAGACUUUGCAGCAUCUGAGGGCUUCCAUGAUGUCAUCCAUCCCUGGGACGUAGCAUUCUGGCGGAGGCGGCACAGGGAGCAUGUCUUCAGACUUGAUGACGGUGAAAUAUCUGAAUACUUCCCUCUGGACAACGUCCUCACCUGCUUGUUCAAGUUAGUUAAUCAGCUGUUUGGCAUCACAAUCAAGGAUGCGACAGGAGAGGAAGAGACUUGGCACAAGGAUGUGAGAUAUUUCAAGGUGUUUGAUCAAAAUGGAACUAACAUGAGUGCUUUCUACUUUGACCCAGUUGCAAGACCCGCGGAGAAGGAUACUGAAGCGUUGAUGAUGAUGGGUCGAGGUAGAAGUGAUGUGAUGGGAACGAUACCGUUCUCCUAUCUCCUGAUGAGCCUCGUUCCACCAGUUGGAGAUCAACCCAUUCUCAUGUCCUUCAAAGAUGUACAGGACCUGUUUCGGGAAUUCGGCAAUGGCCUGCAACAGAUGCUGACUCAGGUGCCGUACAGUGAGUUGUCUGGUCAGAACAACGUCGAGCAGGAUGCGGAGAAGGUGUGUGCCAAGUUCCUGGAGAGAUGGACCACAGUGCCGAGUGUGGUGCAGAACAUGAGUAGCAAUGUCCACACCGGUCAGCAGAUGCCGGCUGAAGCUGUCUCUACACUGCUGCAAGCUCAGAAACACAUGAACCUAUAUGACUUGAUGUAUGAGCUUUAUGAGGCUGCCAUGGACAUCGAGAUGUACCACACCAAGGCACACUGGUCUAAUAUCCACCAGCGUUCAUGGGAAGGAUGUCUGCCUCUGCCCUUCGUGAAGGAAGACUACAUGCCCUGUAGCUUCACUGACUGCUUUGACGGAGGGAGCUCAGCGUUGUGCUUCAAACACACAUGGUCCGAGAUGAUUGCAGCAGAUGUGUUUGAAGCAUUUGAGGAAGUAGGUCUCCAAGACCAAGAAAAGUUGUCAGCCAUUGGGAACAGGUUCCGUGACACGUUCCUGACACUUGGAGGAGGUGUGCAUGCCAGUGAAGUGUUCCGGAGGUUCCGAGGCCGCGAUCCUUCCCUCGAUGCGCUACAGAAAUACUACAGUGGGAAGUAGUGUGUGUGUGUGUGUUAUAAAGAAGACUGAAUGACAAGUCAGGCAGACAAGGACAGUGUGAUGACAUAUGAAUAUAGAACUAUGAGAUGUUGCCAAGGGUAACCAUCAGCCACCAGUGAUGUGUGGUGGUUACAUGAGAGAAGAAUACUACUGCCUUAAGUGAUGGUUAUUGUCAAGGUACAUUUGACGAUGAAGACACUAUUAAGUUUACUUGACUAUAUUGUGUGUGGAUAACAGCAGUUCAGUGCUGUUCGAUCACUUGUAUCACUUGUAAACAAUGAAGUGAAUUGAAAUCAAGACGUGUUGAUAAAGAAUAUAGAAAGUAUUGGAAAGUGCUAAUUCCUGCUAUUGCCUGCCUUAUCUGUGAAUGUUACGUAUGUGAAUAUCGUUGAUAUUCCUGUGUAUAUCAAAUAAGUUUCAGGUUCAGAGAGAGGGAACAUUUAAAUAAAACAUGAUCAAACUAACAUUGUUAUUUGUCAGCUCAAAUUGGCAGAUUCACCUGGUAAUUCUUCCCACAAUAGAAGGAGAUAGAGUGAAUAUGGUUUUACGCCGCUUUUAGCAAUAUUCAUGCAAUAUCAUGGCAGGGGACACCAGAAAUGGGCUUCACACUUUGUACCCAUGUGGAGAAUUGAACACGGGCCUUCAGCGUGACGAGCAAACGUUUAACCACUAGGCUACCCCACCACCCAGAAGGAGAUAAGCCAGAUGUGUUGUAUAUGUAAGUGCAACCACCAACUGUACUGAACAAAAACAGUAGGGAUCAUUAACAUUAUUGAGGAUAUUUCAUAAAAAUAUCCCCAAAAAUAUUAUACCUAACUUUUUUUGUUCAGUAUCUGUGUUUGUUAUCAGUCUGUACAUCCGAUCCCUGGAAUAUUGCUGAUUUAUUAAACAACAAACAAACAUCAUGCCAAGGAAAGCCAGGAAAUCUCAGUUUCGGGAAGUAAAAAGACUCAAACUAUUUCACUAUUCUCAUUUCAGUGGUUAAACUGCCUGCAAUUGUCACCCCUAGUACUCAUAAGCAAGUAUGGAUACAGAUUUUUUAAAUGGAGCAUUUUGUGAUCACAAGUAACAUACAUUUGGUUUACUAGUCAUGUUACUUUUGUUAGAAUAUAUAUAUAUAUAUCACAAAUAAGUUUGUUAACAUGUUGUAAUACAUUUACACUUGCAUGAUGAUCUAUUAUACUUUCAAAAGUAUGUGAAGUAUGCUGCUGCCAUCUUCCCGAGGCCAGGGUGUUAACUGACUAUAAAAGUCCAGUUUCCACCCUUGCUGAACUAGGCUGGAAUUUGAGAGUUAUCAUUUGGCUGGACUAACAAGUCUAUGCAUAGUCCAAUCAAAAUCACAUAACGAAUUCAACAUCUGGUUCGUAAACCAGCCUGCCAAUUUCGGUCGAUUGCAGUAUUUGCAAAGUAUGCAUACUGUCAAUUCCGUGUCAACAAAAAUUUUCCAAAUCUUUUCAUGUUAUUAAACAAGGUGCUCAAGUAAUUUCAUGCACGGGGUGAGGUAAGACCCGUUAUAUUACAAUAUGGAUCAUAUUAUCGAUCAGAUCGUCUUGACUGGGCACUGCCAUUUUGAGUGAAGCAAAUGCAAGUAAUAUGAUAGGUGAAAUCUGAUUGUCAAUAGGAGAGACUAAGAAGGGACAAAACUCAUAAUAGCCACUGGUGGAGCUACCAUCAAGACGUGAAAUUCAAGCCAAGUUCGGCAAGUGUGGAAACUGGACUUUUAUUGUCAGUUUAAUCCCUGCCUCAGGAAGAUGGCUAUUUCAAAUGGUGUCCCUUCACCUCCAACAGGACCAGCAUAGGUGUCUGGUACUCGGUACACAUGUUUAUUAUGUAUCCAUGCAGGCCUAUCAUGGUACUGUUGUUUGUGUUCAGUCAUACAUUGCCACCUGCAUUGGAAAAAUGUAGAAAACUGGUUCAUGAUUUUGUCAACAUCAUUUGGGAAAGAUCAGCAGUUGAUGCAGACUCCGCCUUGUGAAACAGUGUUAUUUGUAAAUAAAAUAUCUGUUUGUAA